UUCUACUACUUGUUGUUGGCAAGACUUGUUUAAUUUUAUUUAGAAUUCAGUAAAUUAAAAACUUGAUGGUAAUAUACUACUAAAAUAUUUUAGUUUUCUGUUUGAAGUGGAAUUUGGGGGAUUAAGCAGGAAAAUGUGUUUUUAUUUUGUGAUUUUAUUCAUAGGCUCUUCGGUCAGUCAACAAAAUAGUUUCAACAAUUAGAGAACUAUUCUUCUGGUAUGUUGUUGAGGAGAUUCUUGUUCAGGUUCAGGUUCAGGUUGGACUAAAUGCCCUCUGAUGUCCCUUUCAGUCCUGAGAUUCUGAAACAGUAUACUACAGGUUCAUGUUUACACACCAAACCAGCUUUCCUACCUUUUACAGAGCUCUUAGAUGUGAAACCUUUAUCUGGCAGGAAGAAUUAUCCCUAUUAUCUCAUCCACAUUAAUGCCACCCUCCUAUUGAAAAAGGUUGACACACCAAUAAAAUUCUAUGUGAAAAAAGCUUAUCUGGCCAAAGUCAGGAGCUUAAUUUCAAAUUCCUGCUGAAAUCAGAAGCACGUCUUUAUCUCCCUCAAACACAAUAAUUCACUUGUUUAAGUAUUUGGCUCUUACAACUUAGAAAAUGGUUUUGGGGAUUUUUCUUCUUCUAUUUCCUAAAAUUAUAGCUAUACACACUAUUGUUUCUGUACUUUUUCUAUGAUUCAAGGAUGAGAGAUGAGUCAGUGAAUUAUCAGAGUUACAUACAGAAAUAGGAUGAAGUAACUUUUCCUUUGAUUCUUUGGUCCUUUCUCAAGUCUGAUGCCUACAGUGGCUAAGAUAUCAGUUCAUAAUUACAUUUAUUAUAAAUUAUGCCAUAUGCUCAUUUGUUACCCUGACUAAAGUUAUCACAACCCCUUUUCUCUAUUCACUUACCUGUUCACCUCCAAAAUGUAGGAGACUGUAAAGUGCCUUGCAAUCUAAGUACUAUCUUACAUGUUUCCUCAGGUUAAUAUGGAUUGAAAUUCUGCUAGUUAGGGAUUUUGUCAUUCUUUAUGUUCAUCCAAUUCUCAGUACAAUACACUGGGUUAUUCAACUAUACUCUCUCAUUGUUGUAGUGAAAGGGUUUAGGAAGACCUAGAUUCAAUUAGCAGCUCUGUUGUUUUCUAGCCCUAUGACCUUAGGGUAAGUCCUCUGUAUUUCAGUUUCAACUAAAAAAUAAGAAAAAUGAACCCUACUCAAUUUACUCCACUGUUGUGAGUGAGGAUCAAAUAAAAUCACAAAAAAAAAAAAAUCAUGGAAUCUCAGGGCUAGAAAAGACCCAUCCCGGGUUCUCCCCAAUGGUUGAACAGAAAUCACUUCUUCAAACAUGUUUAUGUGCACUUCACUUGAAGAAUUCUGGAAAUGGGGAACUCACUACCCCAUGAAGCAGCCCAUUCUAUUAAUUUUUUUUCAACAGUUCUGUUACAAAAGUUUUCUUUAUUUUGUGUUAAAAUUUACUUGCCUAGGACUUGGAUUUAUUAUUCCUAGUUCUGACUUUUGAGAUCAAGCAGAAGUCGAAUCCUUCAAUUCAAUUCAGUAAACUUAUUGAGCACCUACGCUGUGCCAGGUACAGUGCUAAUAGACCCGGAUGUAAAAAGAGGUAAAAGAUGAUCCCUGCCUUGUUCCCAUUUGAAGGCAGAGUGGUGUGUAAUGUAAAGAAUCCUGGGGUGGGGUUGGAGUCUGGUUGAGCUGCUCCAUUUAUUGGUUCUUUCACUACUGACUUCGCCUUUCCCCUCAUUUGUACAAUAGGAAGAAUCCCAGUACUACCCGCCUUACUAGUUUUAACAAACCUAAAGUAAUAAAAAUAAUCGUUUCCUCCAAAAAAUAUAACAAACAGCCCAAACAAAAAACACUAUCCCUAUUGCCAGAUCUUCAUUUAAAAGACGAAUAAAGCACCUACUAUGCGCAAGGCACAUCCCUAGUUCUUCCUUUUUGAGAUCGUUUCUAGUCCCUUCAGUGGCACUCCUCCGUGUGCGAGCAUGCCAAGGGUGAGUUAGCUCUGGGACAAAGAUGCUUUGACAUCUCACAAUCAGUAGUCAGAUAUAUCUCGGCAGGACUGCUCUUCUCCCAGCACAGCCCAGAUUCCCGGUAGUGAGACCUUGGCCAUGACCUGUUCCCAGGAGUUCGAGCCAAUAAGCUUCUGUUCCUCAGUCCGGUCCUGGGCGGCCGGGAGGGGAAAGGAUGUAGAGAGGAAUGCGGGGCGACUCCCCCGAGACAAGGGCAGAGUGGGGUGUGUCUGUGGUGGGGCGGAAGAUAGGGAGGUAGUAGCCCGAGCCUCCACUCUCCUCCAAGCGGAUGCAGACCCUCCCUUUAGCCGAGAAUCCCGGAGGGAUUGCUACUACAAGAGGCGAGGGGAGAGCAGACAUUCCCUUUGGUCGGAGCUGUCUCGGGCGGGUACCAAAGUCUAGCUUUACUGCAAACCCUCUCUGUCACUUUAUGGGGAAGGUGCCUCUUUUGGAGGACGAGGACCGGACCAAUCUUCUGGAGAGGUGUGGGAGAGGAGGCUGGGAGCCGGAGUGCUCUCAGAUCUCCCCAUCCUUCAGUACCACCUCCGCGCACCCCAGCACAAGGCAACAAGGUGACGUCACCGCCCAGGCAGCCACAGAGGCGGCUUCGCAGUUCUCACUUCACCCUCGCCUUCCCCCAGAUGGAGAACCAAAGGGUCAACUGAUAUGCUCAACACCUGGAGCAACCCCCUUUCCAUUCUCCAACCUUAUUUUUCGAGGAGGCGGAGACAAAGAGCCUGGGGCGUGAGGAAGGUGCCAGUUCAAAAUUCCCACGUCCCCAUGCAGCACCCCACCCAUCCCCGCGCCCGCCGCAGCAGGGCCUAAUCCAACCGCCGCGCCGCUUUUUUAUAGUCAUCCCGAGAGGGGGUGGGGCCAAUCCCGACGCCUGUGAACGCGUUGACGCCACGCGGCCGGGAGAAGGGGCGGGGCUAGGGCUUGAGCCCCGCUGCCUCCCGGCUCUCAGGCUUCCCUCCGCCCCCUCAGCUUCGGGGAUCGACCCCGAGAAUAGAGCGGUCAGGCCGGCGGGUUCUCUCCUUAGGCUUGCCGGCUAGCCACUUCUCUCCAGUCCGACCCCAUCUCAGCCUUUUUCCUCCCCGUCUUCCUCGCCGUGGGCCUCUUCCUUACCGUCAUGGGGCCCCUGCCGCCGCUCCCGGCGUGUGUGGAGAGAUGAGGGGCGUCUGUGGUCAAGAUGGAUGCGGGGGCCUGACGGCCCCAGCGGCAGCAUCGCCUGCUCCCAGCUCUGAAGGGUCUGGUGUUCCCCGCAGGGCAGCGGCUCCCGUACUGAUGCAGUGAUGCUCGCUGUGGCCACCGUCUGUCCUCCUCCUCCUCCUCCUUCUCGGAUGUCUGAGGAGGUCUUUUGUCUGCCUCCGGAGCCGCAGGGAAUCACUCGCCGCGCAGACCCGUCAUCGCGGGCCGCUGCCUCGCCUCGGCCGUGAAGGGGGUGGGGGCGGGGUGGGGGCUGUUUCUCUGUAGCUGGCCGCCCUGGCCAAUUUCCUUCCCAUGAAAAUGGAGCCGGAUUUAUUCGUGACUCUGUCCGCAUCAGCCGGGACCACGUCGGACUCCCUGCUGACGUUCGGGGACCUGUUCCCGGAGCAGAAGGGGAAAUAUUUCCUCAUGGACCUGGAGAAAGUGUCUGAGGAAUCCAGGGGGCAGGUGCCUAGUUCUGAUAUGGUGCUGCUUCCUCCCGAGACCCCCCCGCAGCCCUCGGUGCUUUUAGGGCCUGUUCUGCAGGAGACCGGGUCUGUGGCUUUCCAGCAAGUUUUGGGGGAGGUGAAGCUCCACCAGGAUUUAUUUGCUGAAGGACCUAUCAAAUAUUUAUAUCGGUUAGAAAAUCAGGAACUCUGUCUUUUGGACCAAGAGGCCAAUUCUUCUGUCGCUGACAUCGAUCAAGAUUUACCUGUUAGUGACAAGCAGAUGUCUUUGCUAGGUGUGGUUAAUAACAAUUCUUCUGAAGAGGAUUUUAAUACAGCUAUUACUUUGGUGCAAGAUCCUGUCGUGUCUGACCGGUUAACAGGUUCAGAAGAGCCGGAGCAGGAGGACCUUUAUGCUCUUGAUUUGGGCCCACCUCGGUCACCUCCACAGGAUUUACAAUUGAGCAUAGAAUUUAGGGAGCAGGAAUCAUGUACGAGAAAUUGCCUUCCAGAAAGUGAAGACAUUCUUCAGGAUCAAAGAGAUUUUUACUUAGGCAUGGACCAGGCUGCUUGCUCGGACCCCAAAACCCAGCUCUCAGGACUUGAUCCAGUUUUUUCCUGGACUAAAGAGCCAGAGGAAUACGUGCCCAGAAGAUGCCAGAAAAGUGUUUCAUUAAGUGCAGAAGAUUUAAAUCAUAGUUACCAAAUUAGCAAUGAAAUAAACUUCUUUCCCUCUUUCACUACUUCCACUUUGUGUGAUCUGAAGUUAGAUAUAGUUCAAAAUAACCUGGGCCAAACCUCUGAUUUCAGCCAGACUGAACCAAUUCCAAAUGAGUCUUCAGGGUGUCAGGAAGAUGGCCCUCGACUCAGAGCUGUAUUUGAUGCUCUAGACAGAGAUGGGGAUGGUUUUGUCCGUAUAGAAGAGUUUGUUCAAUUUGCCACAGUUUAUGGUGCAGAACAGGUGAAGGAUUUGACUAAAUACCUGGAUCCCAGUGGACUUGGUAUCAUCAGUUUUGAAGAUUUUUAUCGAGGGAUUACAGCUAUCAGCAAUGGAGAUCCUGAGAGCCAGUUAUAUGACAUUGGAUAUGUCCAAGAAGAUUCUCCUGCCUGCCCCGAUGAGUUUGAUGACUUUGUUACUUACGAGGCAAAUGAGGUGACAGACAGCGCUUACAUGGGUUCAGAGAGUACUUAUAGUGAAUGUGAGACCUUCACAGAUGAAGAUACCAGCACACUGGUACAGCACGAAAUGCACAACGAAGUAGAGACAGAUAGCGCUAUUGAUUCUGCUGGGCACUCUGAAUGCCCAGAUGGCAUAGAAGAACCAGAGAACGGACCGUUACUCCUCACACCGGGCAAAUCCCGCCCACAUGACUUAUCCUUGAGCUCUGACCUGAACAACCACUCCAUCGUUACUGUCAUCAGUGGUGAGGAACAUUUUGAAGAUUAUGGAGAAGGAAAUGAGGCGGAAUUGUUUUCUGACAACCUGUGUAAUGGAGAAGCUGGUUUUAGCAGCUCUUUUCUUUCUCCCAGUACCAACCCACUUGCUGCAAAACUGCACAGCAUUCUCACUGAUGAGGCAUUUGAAUUUUACUGUAGCCAGUGCCACAAACAAAUCAACCGCCUUGAGGAUCUUUCUGCUCGCCUGAAUGAUCUUGAAAUGAAUAGUCCAAAUAAACGACUCUCCAGCAAGAAGGUAGCAAGACAUCUACAUCAGACGGGGACCCUGACUGUGGAGGCUAUGGAAGAACCUUCUCAGGAUCCCUUGGACUGUACUGAUGAGGACAUUGCUGACAAGGUCAUCUUCUUGGAGAAGAGAGUGACAGAACUAGAGAAGGAUACUGCGGCCAGUGGAGAGCAGCACAGCCGGUUAAAGCAAGAAAACCUGCAGUUAGUGCACAGAGCCAAUGCCCUUGAGGAGCAGUUAAAGGAGCAGGAGUUGAGAGCUGAUGAGAUGAUCCUUGAAGAAAUCAGAAAACAGAAGGAACUCCUGUGCAAGAUGGAGAGAGAGAAAAGCAUUGAGAUUGAGAAUCUCCAAGCCAGAUUACAGCAGCUGGAUGAUGAAAACAGUGAGCUGAGAUCCUGCACCCCCUGUUUGAAGGCCAAUAUCGAGAGACUAGAGGAGGAAAAGCAGAAAUUACUAGAUGAAAUAGAAGACCUAACCAUUCAACUCAAUGAAGAGCAGGAAAACAAAAGGAAAAUGGGAGACAAACUGAGUCAUGAAAGACAUCAGUUUCAGAAAGACAAGGAGUCAACACAGGAGCUGAUCGAGGACCUCAGGAAACAGUUGGAGCACUUACAGCUGUUUAAGCUUGAAGCCGAGCAAAGGCGAGGCCGGAGUAGCAGUACUGGACUCCAAGAAUACAACAGUAGGACACGAGAGACUGAGCUGGAGCAAGAAAUCCGCAGACUGAAGCAGGAUAAUCGAAAUCUAAAGGAGCAGAAUGAUGAGUUAAAUGGGCAAAUUAUAAACCUCAGCAUCCAAGGCGCAAAGAACCUCUUCUCUGCCUCUUUCUCCGAGUCUCUGGCAGCCGAGAUCAGCUCUGUUUCACGUGAUGAGCUCAUGGAGGCAAUUCAAAAACAGGAGGAGAUCAACUUCCGUCUCCAGGACUAUAUUGACAGAAUCAUUGUGGCGAUCAUGGAAACCAACCCCUCUAUCUUAGAAGUGAAGUAAAGGAAUGAAAUGCUGCCCCUCCAUACUGGUGACCUGGUGUGACCUUGCUGCUCUGAGCUUCAGGGGGCCCUGCUAAGCUCUCUAGACCACUAAGGUCUCAUCUCCAUCAAGGGGCAAGGAGGAUCACAUCCCAUUGCCUGAACCAGCCCAGAGCAAUUGAGAGAAAAGCAGAUACAGCUUUGGUUUGGGGUUCAACCUUGCUUGACUGAGCAGGGUGAAAGGGAAGGUAGUAAAUGAGAACAAGAAGCAAGGGGAAGAUGGGGAAGUUUUGGAGAAAUGGGAAAGAGAAAGAAUGCUGCCUCCUUGCCAGUGGAACCAUCUGAAUACAAGGUUAGAGAAAUAGGCAGUGAUUCAAUGAAUGUGAUUUGAUUCUUCACCUUAUUCUGGCAGAUUCCUUUUGCUCUUGAGAGAGAAAAGGUUCUCCAGGCUUCUUGCCAUAUUAGAUAGGCUAGUUAGAGAGAUUCCUUCUGACUCCAGUUAACCAGUCCAAUAUGAAUCCCUCGAAGCCCAUUUAAAUUGUGAAAUGCUCUUGCUUCUAUCCGGCUUGUUUGAUCACAAUCUCCCUCAUAGGUAAUGUGGAGGCAGGUCUGCAAGUGAGUUGUAUUUUGACUCAGUGCUUCUAAAGUGCUCGUGCAGGUAUGUUCCUUUGUUAAGUCUUACUUGGCUUCUGCCUCCACGCUUCAAGGAAUGUUCCUGGAAAGUGACUGGUUGAUUUUGAGUGGAGUAAAAGGGAAAGGAAGUCAUUAGACUUUCUCUUGAGACAUGCGUUGUGUAUUCUGACUUAUUUUUGAACCUGUCUUACCACAUGUGAUCCAGACAGUCCCUAUGUGAGGUCAAGUUGAUUUUAUUUCACACCAGCUGUAAAGAGUGUUUGCUGCUGUGUACCCAGCUCCUUUUCCCCUGUUCUGAGCAAAUACAAUUGUAUCCUUGAAGGAGAUGGAUGAAACUGAAUUACACGUGACUAGAGGGUAUUGGAAAGGACCAGAUUGGACAGCGGCUUAAGACAGAAAUGUGGUUAUGAACUCUUAUAAGUGGCCUAUUUUUUUCUCUCAAAGCAGAUUGAGGGAAGCUAGGCUAAAUUUACUUCUGUCGGAACCAGAUUGGUAGCAGAUUCCCUCUCCCCAAUUCCUUUCCCAGCCUUCCCUUUGUCCAUGUAGCCUUAGUAUUGCUCAGGCCAGCAUCUCACAGCAAAAAUUGGGCACACUGCACCUUAGCCAAGGUUCUGCCUCACUCUGUCCCUUGCUGUAGUGUAGACAAAGAAACAUCAUGAGAACCUUCAGGAGUCAAGCUUAUGUUCAAGAUUCAAGGAUUACUGGCACUUAGUCAGGAAUCCUUCCAGGCCCUGUUAGCUGAGAUCUUCUUGGAGGCACGUGUGGCUUAUUGCAAUAAUCCUUCUGGCGUAGGCUCUGUUAGUAAUAUUUUGAAACUAUACAGAAUAACCCUUCUCAGCUCACCAUCACUAUUUCUGAGAUGAAGCUUGUAUUCCUCUCAAAAUCAGGUGAGAGAAUAGGCUUUUGACUUUAUAUUUAGUUCUUUUUCUUCAAAAUAGGAGAGAGGCCCUCCAUUCUGCUGGAUAGAUUACUAUAAGUACCUUGAUAUCCCCAGGACAAUAGUGACAGUAGGGAUUCAGCCUUAUUCAGCAUUCCAGUGGGUUGAUGGUGGUGGGAAGAUCAUUCAUUAGAUGUUAAUUUCAGAUAUUUGGGAGAUUGGAUUUAUUUCCCCUAACAUUGGACCCUGAGAGUAAUCAUGACUCAAUUGUUUUUUAAAUACAAAAAGGCUCAGAGAGGGCCAGCUGAAAUCCCCUUCUAGAUGAAAGUGGCUGACUUUUAGAAUCUUUUGACUUUCAAGUCUCUAGACAGUCAAAUGAUGAGAUUCCAGCCUCCUAGCUUAGGACACCUGCCUUGAAGAGGCAAUGACUGGUGUGGGUUAUUCUGCUGCUUAUAGGAUAACCUCAGUCCCUGCUUCUUUGGGGAAGCACAAUCUUGUCUGAUUUACAUAGUGUUUUCCACCAGAGUUUUCUACAUCUAUCUGUACCACAGGAUGUGUGUGGACUUUUCUGGGCUUCAUGUUACACACUUUAAGGUGCCAUAAAAUGGACAGAUGAACUCUGUUUGAACUGGGUUUUCUUCCCACCUAUCCACCAUGUUGUUGGUUUUUGUUCUUGCUCCUUAAGAAUAGUUUGUUCCUUCACCAUGGUGUGUCUUUUGGCAAGAGGAAGGGGAGUCUGGGAUUGAUCAAAUCCCUGCCUUAGAAAGUGAUAGGUGGCUGGGAGCAGUUGAUAGUGGCAUUCCAAAGGCAAAGAUUGAAUGGAAAAAAUAUCCUCCCUGAAAAAAAAAAUUCCCUCUCCUGGAGUUCUUCCUUUCCUCAAUCUCUCCCAUUUCCCCACUCCAUCCCCUCUCUGGCCUGGGCUGGGUUGUGCUUCUAGAUUUCUUGAGGCAUUUCAUGAGCUUCCCAUCAGAUCACUGGCUGCUUUGGCAUGUCUCCCUGGAGACUCCACAAGGUGUGCUCCCCCAACAGCAUAGGGGAGACCAGUUACCCUGAGACCCUCUGAACCUGAGCACUGAGCCAUGAGGCCUUCCUUUCCUUCUUCCCUUUCACAAAUUUGUUCUGUUCCCAGGCUCUGUUUCCCCCUCCUGUGAGUAUGGGUAUGUGUGCACACCCCUUCCUUUCCCACCAAGAUUCAAGUUGUUGCCUCGUACAUUUUUGGAAAAGCUUUGGGUGUAAAUCAGUGUAUACUGGGAGGAGAGAUUUUUCUAUCUUGUAGAGUAGGUAUUUUUUAUAGACUGAAGGUUGAUCAAUUUUUUAAUACUUUCAAGAGAGAAAACUGUAUCUGUGUAUACACAUUAAAUAUAUAUAUGUAUAAAUAUAUAAAUAUUGAAGCUCCGCCUUUCUCCACUGGGGGUAUGUAUCCCUGGUGACACACAACCUUUUUGUUUUCUGUUGAUCACUAAAAGGUACUGUAAAUGUAAAUAUGACUCGCCGCCGGGAAAAGUCUAAAGACAAAACAAAAAUACACAGCACUGACUUGAGCACUGACCAUGCUUUAACCCCCCCAAGGAAACUUUGCCUCCAGAUGAAGUUCCUGGGCCCCUGGUGUGGGGAAGGAAUGUCAAGAAAAGGCAACCGCCAUUGUCUUAAAUGAUGCACCAACUCCUGUCCCAUUAAAAGCUGUUACCGUGA